AUGAACCAACACCAGCUUGAUAAUCUUCCGCCUCCUCCACCGCGCUCGUCUAAUGCUAACACUCCGAAUGGACCGCCUUUUGCUACCCAGCAGCGGCGGCCCGUGUCCAUGAUCGUGCAGCAGCCUCCGGCCAUCACAACCAACAUCGCUCGGGCCCUGGGGGCGCCUUUGUCUGCACAUACAUUGGCACCUCCAGCACCACAUCCCUUCAGUCCUGCUACUCCAUCUGCCCUCAACCCGCACUCUCCGGGUGGGCUGGGUCCUAACUCUACCGUCUCCGCCAGGACGAUGGAGCCGUACAAUCCACGGCAAUGGAGCAACAGAGGCGGGCAGGUCUCUGGGACCCAGAUGUUGUUCCAGCAGAGGUCGAGCAAUGUCCCGCCAUCUACGCGGGAUGUUUCUGGGAUGGAAGGUGCCAUGCCUUCUCCACCUCCGCCAUAUAGCCCGGAGACACCAGAGAGCUUAGGCCGAGCAGUUCGAGCUUCGCCACUCCUGCUGGACACCACGAGCUUGACCGCUUCACCUAUUGUUGGCAAUAACUCGGUGACGAACUCUCCUCAGGUGCCAAUGUCACCCGCCUUCCCUCCUCCGCCGGGGCAAUCUUCCAGGCACCGAGAACGCUCGACCUCUGGAAUUGCCAACACCCGCGGCUUCUUCGGUCUCUCGGGUUUACGUGGGAAGUCCACCACGUACACUGAGCUGCCCACACGCAAUAGUGUGCAUCUCCCAGAAGUUUCUGAGCCGCAUCCUCCAGCAGCGAGGAGAGCUGCUUCCACGGGCCACAUACAGUCUUCGUCCACAUUGUCCAUCGCUACUCCAUCUGGGUCUGGAGCGGCCGGUAGAGGCUCACCGGACAACUCGUGGCAACCAGGCAUGCCAUUACCCGGCCCACCUCCUGGGCCACCCCCUCCUGGCAUGAGAUCGCAAAGCUUGAAUCGCUACCCGCCAACUUCACGCUCCAAUAGUCAGACAUCGGAGCAUAGCCUUGAUGUUCAGCAAUCACGGAGGUUAGCUACACGCAGCACUCUUGGCCCAAUACCGCCAACUCCAGCAGAUUGGGUCGACACCGAUGCCCUUCCGCGCCAAUUUGUGGUGUCGCCGAUCGAUACCACGGACCAAGACUAUCAGCCUCUGCGCAUCGAUACUGGAUCGCAUCAGGACGCUGCUUUAUCACGAAGGCCUGCUCAGCGAGACAGCAGUGGGCAAGGGCUAAGGGAGCGGCGAUCAAGGAGCAGAGCCAAAGACAGAAACAGCAAGGUCAUCUCGCCGAUGAGUGAUGACGGCAAGCCGUUUGAUGCUCUGUUCGCCACCUCUGAAGGUUCUAUUAGCCGGCGAAGGGAGCACAUGAGGACCAUCUCCGGCUACGUCUCGCCAUCUGCAGCUUCACGUCCGACUUCCUCGCGUGAGGCUCAGACGACAACGCAAGGAGCGCUUCCUUCAGCAAGCAACGUGCUUACGCCUCCGUACACGCCUGCCAUCGGUAAGCCUGAGGGAAACGCGAUAAAGACGCAGCCCUUGAAGGUCCCCGGAAGUGCCUCGAGCGACAGGCCAAUCUCACACAUCCUCCAUCAGCCGAUUGCUGAAUCUUCUUCCAUGCCGGCGCCGCUCACGCCAUCUCGACCGGCAUCAAGUGGCUCGGCCAUGGCUCCUGCAAAGCUGGAUGCCUUCUUUCUGCAGUCAAUCGAGCGCCAUCGCGCUUUCGUGGAGAAGGAGGCUGCUGCUGCGUCCGAUGAGGAGCGUCUCGAGUUAUUCGCUAAUUUCAUGGUGCAUGAGUCGAGGCUGAGGCGAGAUCGAUACCCUGCUGCAUACAAUACUUUGGCUGGCGACAUCAUGGAUCUCACGAGGGACAUGUGGCGUUCGUACGCUCGACAGGGCAAGCGUGCUCCCACGCCGAGCACAUCGAUGUCCUCAUACGACGCUACUGCCCCAUCUUGGGGCUCCGAUGGCCAGCCUGCUUCUGCUCAUGCCAACAUGCCAUCUUCAGCCUCCUCGUUUGGUGAAUACACUCCAGCCACUGACGCAGCCUCCGCCUACGACACCAUGGAGAACACUGGCCCAGAAAGACCCGACUCGAGGCAAUGGGGUGAGGCGUUUAAGCCGUCCCUGUCUCCAAUUCCGAGCAUGAAUGUCAGCACUGUGCCGGAGGAAAGCAGCUCUCGAGGUCGAACGGCUAGCCGAUGGUGGGAAGCGAGCAAUUCCGGAUCUGGAUCGAUUGGCAAGCCGGAACGAAUUGAGAAAACCCAUCGAGAGACGAAGUACAUGGGCAUUAGUCCGGCGCUGCUUCACGACAAGGGUGAGGACUCACCUCAGUCUGCUCUUUACGCCGGGCCGGCUUCUGGGCCUAGCACGGGGUCAUUUGGCUAUCGUCCCAAUGAAUACCCUCCUGAGAAGACCGGUUGGCACGAAGGCGCGGACUUCGAGACACCCAUCGCAACGCCUUCUCAUCCCCGGAACGCUUCAGCGUCUGAUGUGCAAUUGCUCGAUGUCUCAAGGCUUGUGACUCUGCCUCCGCCAUAUCCACGACACUAUCCUGCGCUGAACAACAAGCAUCCACUCCUGUCCGAUCUUAGGAGUGAACAUCGUGCGCUGGUAAACAACUCCAAAAUUCAGGAGAUCAAGGACGCCUAUCUUGACCAAGACUACGCUAUUCAGCGGGAGCAACAUGACGCUGCGAUAGAGCGGAGAGCCAAGCUGCGAUCGAGCAUUCAGGCCAAGGUUGCAGACGGCAGCAUCUCGUAUGCUGAGGCGGCACAAGCGGAAGCGGACUUUGACAACGAGGAGGCGGAACGAGGCAAAGCCAACGCAAGAUCGAACUUCGACCUGUUCGAAGCCAACGCUGCUCAUCCACUUAAUGCACUGAUCGGUGAGCGACUUGCGAAGGCGAAUGCUGCUAUCGAUCAGCUCCAAGCGGAGCUUGACAGCCGUAAUGAAGUGUCAGAUCCCAAUCAGGCGCAGGAAGAAGGCGACGAACAGCCCGAGCGGCUCGAGAAGCUGACCCUGCUGAAAUGGGUGUUUGAGGCUCGAGAGCAGGUGCACAAGGAGAUGUUCGAGCUGCAUGCCGACCGCAGCGCAAAGUACUCUGAAGUCAUCCUCACACCCUUUCGCGUCGCAAAGAUGCAGGCCAAGGUCGACGAAGCCGCAGCCUUCUUCGCCAAAGACAACCAAGACCGGCACAUCAAUUUCGCAAAAGAUAGUCUCAAGCGCUUCGAAGAGCUGCAGCGGACUAUGGAGCAGAACGUCUCCCGCGGCGUCGAAGACCAACUGUCCGCUUUCUGGGACAUCGCUCCAGGACUCCUGGAACUCGUGCAACAGUUUCCGAACGACAUCAGUACGCUGGAUAUUCAAAUCCCAGAGCAAGAGUACAACGAGAAUCCAUCUUAUAACGACCAUCCACUCCAAUACCUCUACAGCCUUCUGUCCCACGCCCAGCGCAGCGCGUACCAAUUCAUCGAGUCCCAAACGAACCUCCUCUGUCUGCUGCACGAAGUCCGCACCGCGACGACGAAGUCUCGUCUGCGAUUGCUGGAGCUGGAAAGGAGUGCUGCGAACCCCCGCGACGAGGGUGUGAGAGCGGAGAUGGCGGAAGCGAGGCAGGCGCAGGAGCAGUGGCUGACGAACGACUUGAAGGAGAAGGUCGGAGAGGUAGAGAGGCAGUGGGGGGAGGCGCUUGGAGGGGUGCUGGAGGAUGUGAGACGGAGGGUUAGGGAGGACUUGGAGGCCAAAGGGGGGUGGGAGGAUGGUUUGGAGGAGUGA